AUACAAAACCAGCAAUUGUUCUGAUUUAGCAUUUAUCAAGUAUUAUUUAGUGCGAAUUUUGCUCACAAAAAAGAAAGGAAUCGAAGUUUUUAGGGUUAAUUAAAAUAAAAGGAACAAGAAGUUUAUGCUCGCGCACAAGAAAAGAAAUACCAAAGAAAAAUAAACAGUAAAAUACUGCUACAAAUGCAAGUUAUUUUACUUGAAUAAUCAUAUUGUGUUGUACAAUCAACUUUAACUAUAAAUCGUGACGUUAAAUAACUGUCUAAAAUGUCUAGAAAACCUAGUUCCGGGAAGAAAACCAAUUUGUCGCAAUUUGGCCUCCUAGACAUCCCAAGUCUAGACGAUGCAGACAAGCCAAUGGAUCUAUCUGACGAUGACAUAGACCUUGAAGCUGAGUUGGCAGCCAUCAGUGGUGGGGGCCCCAAGAGGUCUCGGCCCAGGAAACCGGCGCCCAUGCCAGCUUCAAGUCUUGAUGCCAUGAUCGCUGCUAGUCUGAAGGAUGUGCCAUCUGAUGAUGAUGUUGGUUCAGGUGAUGAGAACGACCCAGACCUGCUAAACGAGUUACAAGAACUAGCGAUUGAAGACGACGAGGCGCCCGCGCCCCCUCCCCGCGUCCCCCGCGCCGCCCCUCCUCCUCCCGUCAGUGGACAAAGCAGUACCAUAAGCCUGCUGCAAGACAGGAUAUCAAAUUAUUCUCUUGCUGAGAAAUCUGCAAAGGCUAAUGGGGAAAGCAGCAGGGCCAGAAGAUUCGGUCGCGGCCUCAAAACCCUCAACGAACUACUGAAGCAAGCGAAGGCCGGCCGGCCUAUCAACGACGAGGAUAUCCCACCACCAGUCAGUCUGGGGAAACCCACAGACGGGGCGCAGCCACCACAACCUCCGCCCAGAGUCGCGGAGCCACCAGCACCGAUACCCGAACCACCAGCCAGAGAAUUACCUCCCACCCCCGAAGUACCUUCGGCACCAGAGGAACCAACGGCCCCGGAAGAACCGCCAUGUUUGCCGGAACCCAAGAAUCCACCGCCCCCUCCCCCAGUGGAAGAAUUAUCCCCAGAAAGACAACAAGGGCUGCUGAUUAUUUUAAAGCGUAAAGAAGAAUUUAAAGCGGCUGCUCUAGCCAGCAAGCAUGCCGGUGACAAGACCCUAGCAUUAGAGUACUUGAAGGUGGUGAAGCAGUUCGAUCUGGUGGUAGACGCUUACAAGGCUGGCCAGGAGAUGGAUCUGAGCGAGCUGCCCACCCCGGAACACAUCGCAGCUGCAGCCACCCAGGGCAGGCAGGAGGAACAUACGCAGAAUUCUAAUGACGCCGAGACUCCAGCGGCCGAGAGCGGCGGAGGGGGCCUCAUCACAGCCGCCACUUUGGACGAAGCACUCAGGCAAAGGCUUGCUGCUUUUCAGCAACAGGAAGCGAAAGCCAAAGAAGAGGGCAACUCGUCCAAAGCUCGGCGCAUGGGCCGAAUCGUCAAACAGUACCAAGAGGCGGUCGCUGCGCACGCGCGCGGGAAGCACGUCAACACGGAGGAUCUGCCUACCCCGGCGGGGCACGGGCCGCUGCCUAACGAGGGGGCCCCGCAAUCGGCCGCUUCCCCCACCCCCUUGUCUCCCCCCCGUCCCCCCGUGCCCAUCCCCACCCCCGCGGUAUCGUCCACGUCGCGGUACGAGAAGCAGAUCGCAUUGCUGACAUUAAGGCAGAAGCAGUUCAAAGAAGCCGCGCUUGAUGCUAAGAAAGCGGGUGACAUAGAACAAGCUAAAGAAUACUUGCGUGCUGCGAAAGGAUUCGACUCUGUCAUAGAAGCAGCUAAAGGAGGUCUAAUUGUGGACCUCAAGUCUCUCCCGCUGCCGCCCAGGACUAAGGAGAAUAUAGAACAUACGUUCGACGUGAUAUCAGCUGAAGACUGCGGCCCGUCAGACGACUCGCCGACCAUAGACCUAGAGGGCGAUGACGUCAUACUGAGGAUCCAGCAACAGCUGACGAAACAGCUCAAGUUGUGUUUAGACAACAGGGAUCAUAACAAGAAAAUGGGAAAUGUGGCGGAGGCGAACAGAUUUGAGCAUUUGGCGGUAGCUGUGAAGCAAGACUUGGAUGUCGUUUUAGUUGCUAAGAGAUUAGGACAAGACCCGCCCAAGUUCCACUAUGAAUCUCGGCAGUUCGCCGUAGUGCAAUGCAAUACGGACCUUAACGAGAACGAUUUAGAGCUCACAAUCGUCAGGGGUAUCGCUUACAACGUGCCCAACCCUAAGGAGGUCGACACAUACGUCAAAUUUGAAUUCCCUUAUCCUCAGGAGACGCCAGUAUCCGACCGAACAGUGCUCAUAAAGGACACAAACAGUCCGGAAUACAAUGCUGUGUUCCCGCUGGUCAUCAACCGAGCCGCAAGACCUUGUCUCAGGGUGUUUAAAAGGCAUGGCAUCAAACUGGAGGUUUAUGCUAGAGGUUGUUCAUCGUGUUGUGACGUGGUGUUCUGUUGCAGCGGCUGGUUCCGCAGCGACCGGCUGCUGGGCUCUGUGCUCGUCAAGUUGGCGCCAUUGGAGACAGCGGUCACAAUACACGAUUCAUUCCCGCUCAUGGACGGCCGGCGGCCCGCGGGCGGUUCCCUAGAAGUGAAGCUGCGCGUGCGCACGCCGUUAUUACAGCAACAGAUUGAGAACACCAAGCAUCGGUGGCUGGUCAUAGACAACUGAAUAUAGCCAUAGAUUUUGGUAUCUGUAAAUAAUUUUGACUCUAUCUGAUAUGUGGCUGUAAUUCACUGACCUCUAAAAUGUACUCUGGACUUCGUUUUAACGAUGUAAAUAUGACCCCUUAUUGAUUUACAUAGAACUACUUUGGGAAUGUUAUUUCUACUUCUUCCAUUGAAAGCGAAGUUUAGAAAAGCUUCCCAACUUGAGACUCUUCUUUUGAGAAAUGGGCUUUAUGACUAAUAUCUGUUGGCUACGUCUACCCCGUAACCGAUAAAGUUAUGAUGAAUAUCAACGGCGGCUAUUUGUAUAAAUUGGCAUUUUUAGUACCGAGUACACUCGGUACUGAAAAUUGAAUUGAAUUGGGCUUGAAAUGGGAGUGAAAACCAAGCUGUCAUUUUGACAGAACAUUUGGUCCAGCGUACUUAUAUUAUUCAUGUCAGUGUUGUAAUUUUAUUUAGUAUGCAAUUUUGUACGCAUAAUGUACAUAAAAACAUGUAUAAAUCUCACUUGUUUACUUGUUUUGUCACAAAUAUGUUUAUCCAAGAACGGUACUUGAGAUUCUUUGUGACGAUUGGAUUUCAACAUGAGUGGUCACUGCGAGUUGUAGCUGGAGCGAUGAUUCGGUUCGACCGUCACCAAAGGGAACAUCUACCGCCAGGCUAGGUGUGAUGCCUGGGGAACCGCGCGACAGACGAUGUUGAGUCGGAGGUUGUAUUUAUGCGCCAAUCCGUGAAAUCUUUGCUUGCGCGAUUUAGAUUCUUCGUUGCUAUUGGCUGAGCGCGUCAUUGUCUUCGCUCUGAUUGACAGUUUGUGUGUUACAUUAGUGGUGUCGCCACACGAGUAUUACUCGAUCAAACGCGUGGAGUAAGUAAACACAAAUUUGUAUCGAAUUUCAUUAGUGACAUCGCGUCACCACUAGAUGGCGCUGAUCAAAUCACAUACAAAUUUAAAAGCUGAUUAAAUCGCGUUUACUUGCUGGGCUCGUCUGAUCGAGUUAAACUCGCAGUGACGCCUCUGUAAUUAUAUCUGAAUCUCAACUACAUCAUGCCGUUUACUUAACUUUGACUGGUCCUGUUUACCCCGUAAGGCGUAAAGACGUGAUAUUGUUUACUGUUUUAUAUGUAUUCCAAGAAUGCAUUUUUAUAACGUGUAAAUUGUGAUUGACAUUUGUAUUAAUGUAUUUAAAAAAAAUAAAAAGUUUCAGUUAACCAGCUUAAGAUAUGGACUGUACAUAUUAUAAAAGAAGUCAAUUUCCUCUUGACCUUAUCAAGCCGAUAAAGCUAUUACUACAUAAUUAAAAAUAUAUGGAAGAUAUUACAAUAGAUGAACCGAAAACCUAGUAGAAAAUCUUUCUUUAUUAGAUUAAAAAAUUUUAAUGUAAACAAAGAAAGAAAAAUUGUUUAUACAGGCUGACUUUUAAUUCAACUGCAUAAAUUUAACUGUUAAGUGUACUCAUCUAAAGGAUAUUUAAAAACGUUAAAAGAAAAAUAUCAGUUCAUAUUUCAGAAAGUACGAAAAAAAUAAAAGUAUCAAAAUCCACGAUCCUAAAUACGUCAUAUCACCCCGGCCGGCGGAAAAGCGACGCGUAAGAUUCAGAGGUCAACGAGAGCGAUCUGUCGAGAUCGCUCAGCUGAACAAAUUGUGUCGUUACUCUGUACUUUACUUGAUCUUGAAACUAGAAAAAUAAUUUAUUUUUCAGACAUUUAUUUACAUGUUAAGUUUUAAUUUCUUUUUGUAGUAUUGGUCUGUAUUAACGCGUGUGACGUAGUUUUUGAGGGUUUUUUAAAUGUGAAAAUGAUGACGUUUAAUUUAAAUAAAAAUGGGCUCAAACGGCUCAGAAGCAUGGGUAUAGUCUAUGUUUAAAAGGAUGCAGUUGUUUUAAAUGUCAGCCUGUAUAGCACAAAAUACAAAAAAAUCCAAUAAUGUACCAAAAAGUCUCAGCAAAUGUCACAGUGUGAGCCGCGACACUGGUCUUCAACGGAUGCUUUUGAAAAUAAAACCAUUAACAUGGUACAUGUGGAAGGAUGCGGUCUCUGCCUACCCCUCCGGGAAAGAGGCGUGAUUUAUGUAUGUAUGUAACAUGGUACAUACCAAGUCUACCCCGCAAGGGAUAUAGACGUGACUUUAUGUAUGUAACAUGGUACACACUUUUCUAUUUCACUGAAAUGUUUGUAAAGUAAUUUUAAACGAUAUAAUAGCAUUAUACAGUUAAGGUUAUAUUUAAUCAAUGUAAUUUUUACGCGCGAAACGCUUCAAAGUGCCUCGUUCAAGGUGUAAAUAUAUGGGUUGUUAUCAAUUUGAAUAAAUAAAUGAGUAUAAGAAUACA